AUGGCUUUUGACAUGUCAAUGACUGAGAUAGAUGCCAUGGUAAAAGGGUUAGGGUACAGUAUUCCAGGUGAUCAUUUUGAUGGUGGCCUAGUUAAGCUGAAUGAGGAUGCAGAUGUCUUAGACAUGCUAGUAUUUGUGCCAAACACUAGAUUGAUAAAUAUAUUCCUAGAACUUGUCUUGGCAUGCAGUCAAGAGCAGUUUUACAGUCAAAUGGCUUAA